AUGGGUUGUUACCAACAUCUGAGGGAAUUUCCUAAAUUCUUCACAUUCCGAGCCAGAGAUGAGUUCCAGGAGGAUCGGAUCUACCGGAACCUGGAGCCAGCGCUGGCCUUCCAGCUGGAGCUGAACCGCAUGACCGUGAUGGCCGUGCCCUGCGCUAACCACAAGAUGCACCUGUACCUGGGUGCUGCCCGUGUCGAGGAGGGCACUGAGGUCACUGACUACCGCUUCUUUGUCAGAGCCAUCAUCCGUCACUCCAACCUCGUCACCAAGGGACACGGACUGGGACACGGACGAUGACAUACGACAACAUCAGACUACGUAAAACGAGGAUUCAGCGCUGCAAUAGGAUGAGAGAAGGGCGGAGCAGACACGUGACACAGAACAUAAACAAAAGCACGUGGCCAAAGUCCGGGCUGGAUCCUGACAUAAUCAGGAUCAUCAGCAAUCACCUUCUGUAUCCACUCCGUCUUCGGGAUCACUUUCAUAAUGUUACUGUCAUAGUAGUCGAUCUGUCCUCCAUCCACCUGACCAACAGUGGUGAAUUCUGGAACAUUUAUUCCAGGUGUAACUGCAGUGUAGAAAUACAGAAGAACUGCGGACAUCAUAAUAAUAAUAAUAAUAAUAAUGUGUAUAUUUCUGUUUUACUUGGUGAGAGAUUUAUUUAUUUAUUAACUGUAUUAUUUAUGUGUAACUUUGUCAGAUUUGCCCUUAUCACAGCUUUAUCGUUAAACUUUAUUAUUAGAGAGUAAAUAAAUGUAGUAAAGACAGUAAACAUUACAGAACUCACCUGCUGAUGAAAGAUGAAGAGAAAAUGUGAAGAAGAUCAGAGUCUUCAUCACUGUGCUGCAGAGCGACAUCUCUCACUGUCUGAUCACUAAAACACUAAAUCUAUUAUUUACUGAGUGGAUUUAUAACUUUAACACCACUGUUUAAGACCUACACCAAAUACACACACUUCCAAUAUACAUCCAUCAACUUGUUUACAUGCUGCUUACAUUCAUCAAACUGUUUACAUGCUGUUUUGCACACUUUUUUUUACUUUUUUGUUGUUUGCACACACUGUCUAACAUUUCAGUCGUUUUGCACAUACUGUACAAUAUUUCAGUCAUUUGCUGUUUUUGCAAAAUACUAUACAUUACAGUAUCUCAGGGACCUGCUGCUAAGAAACUGUGCUCACAGUAUUACUGUACACAAUAUUGUCUGAACAUACAGUAUUUACACUGGUCGGUCGGCGCUGUUUCUGAUUACUGUCUUUUGUGUAUUGUCUUUUUUGUAUUUUGUUUAUUGUCUUGUAACUUUUUGUCUGCACUGUCUUUUGUUCUGCACUGUCUUGUUUGUCUUGUCCUGCACUAUUUGCACCAGGUUGCACAGUUGCACUUUAUGUGGCUAGGACUAACUUACUAAGUCCUUUGCCCUGUCUU